CUUAUCCUAAGGCUAUCCAACCUCACUCGACAGCCUCCAUCAAGUAAUUGCCAUAGUAACAACCAGAUGAAACCAAAGCAAAUCAGGGGAAAAAGAAAAAAAAAACACUAUUUCCCUUUUUCUUUCUUGUGGUGAGUGAAAGACAAAUGUCUUGAUUUCCGGCUCACUAUGCCAUGUUUUCCUCUCGAAGCAGAAAACUUUAACUAGCAGAAAAAGAAAGACAAGAGAACCAAAAGAAAAGGAGUUGCAAGAAGCAUUUUGCCAAUGUCUAGUCUCACUUUCUGUUUCCUUCACCCACCCUGUCAAACUACAAAGAAUUUCUAGAAAAACAUAUAAUAUUACUUCUUCUUCUUAAGCUGUACUGCUUGUUAGGCUGAUUUUUGUUCAUCCUGCAGCUUUUUUCUUUCUUAGUCUAAUUUUGAGUUUGAUGGAGAAGACCUUUAUGUGAUUUGGAAUAGAAAAAGAUAAAAAAAUUCUCAGUUUUACAUUGCCAGGAGGUUAAUAAUAUUGUCUAGCUAGAUAUUGGAAAUAGAGACCAUAUUUACUGUGGUAAAAGAAGUUUUAGUAGAGAGCUUGAGCUCAUAUGUAACGCAUGUAAUUAUAAUUAACUUGCCUUCUUUACAUUGAUUUGUCCUAGCAGGUGAUAAUUAUUUAAGGUAUAAUUCAGAUGGUUGCCAAAUAAAGUGAUUUUACAUUUCUUUAAGACUCUUCUUGAGUUCACAACAGAAUAGAGGGAAAAGAAUGAUGUUUAGUAGCAUCCAAGGAGUUUGGCCUUAAUUUGGACCAAGAGAUCUUCGAAUGUAAUCUCUCACACACAAGCAUAAACCUAACACAGUUUAAUAGUCUCUAGAGUCUAGACACAUUAUCAACAGGUAUACAGAGAGAGAGAUGACUCGAGACGUACAAGCAAGGAUGAAUGCCUUUAUGUUGGAUACCCUGGAAACUGCUAAGUCUACCGCUGCUGCUGCUGAUGAGAAUAGCUCCAAAAGAAAAGGAACGUGGGUGACAGCAAGUGCACAUAUCAUAACAGCAGUUAUUGGUUCAGGAGUUUUAUCCCUUUCAUGGGCCAUUGCCCAGUUAGGCUGGAUUGCUGGUCCCGUUACCCUCUUACUCUUCUCUGCCAUCACUUGGUUCACAUCUACUCUGCUAGCUGAUUGUUGCAGGGACCCUGUCUCGGGAAGAAGAUGUAGCAGCUACAUGGAUGCUGUAAAAUCUAAUUUAGGAGGAAUCCAUUACAGGCUUUGUGGAUUAGCUCAAUAUGUGAAUCUUGUAGGGGUAUCAAUUGGAUAUUCAAUCACUUCAGCUAUUAGUAUGGCGGCAAUAAAAAGAUCAGGUUGCUUUCACAAGAACGGCCAUGAUGCAGGCUGCCAUGUUAAAAACAACGUGUUUAUGAUCAUCUUUGGCCUCAUAGAGAUCAUAUUAAGCCAAAUUCCUAAUUUUCACGACCUUUCGGGACUCUCCGUGGUUGCUGCUAUCAUGUCUUUCGCAUACUCUACCAUAGGCCUCGGUCUCUCCAUCGCCAAAAUCGCAGGUAGUCAUGCUAGGACAAGCAUAACAGGGACAACCGUGGGAGUGGAUGUGACAAGCGCGCAGAAGAUCUGGAACUGGUUCGAAGCCAUGGGAGACAUUGCCUUCGCUUAUGCUUUCUCUACUGUCCUCGUCGAGAUACAGGACACAAUAAAAUCAAAUCCACCAGAAAAUGAAGCCAUGAAGAAGGCUACCUCUAUUGGGAUCUCAGUCACCACCAUGUUCUACAUGUUGUGUGGAGUUUUGGGUUAUGCAGCAUUUGGGAACAAGGCACCGGGCAACUUCCUAACAGGAUUUGGUUUUUACGAGCCAUACUGGCUUAUCGACGUAGCUAAUGUGUGCAUUAUUGUACAUCUUGUGGGAGCUUAUCAGGUGUUCUGUCAACCAAUAUUCAAGUGCGUGGAAGACUGGUGCUCUAACCGGUGGCCAAACAACAGUUUCAUAAAAGAAGGGCGCCCGAUAAGCCUUCCUAUCUUCGGGGUUUACCAUUUCAGUGCUUUCAGGCUUGUCUGGAGAACAGCUUAUGUGAUUAUGACUACCACUGUAGCGAUGAUAUUCCCAUUCUUCAACGAUGUUCUUGGUCUGCUUGGUGGUGCUUCAUUCUUGCCGUUGACUGUGUAUUUCCCUAUACAGAUGCACAUAGCAAGAGAAAAGAUUCAGCCAUGGAGUUGCAAAUGGAUAUGGCUAAACGUCCUGGUUCUACUCUGCUCGGUUAUAUCACUUCCUGCAGCUGCUGGUUCCAUUGAAGGAAUUGUUAAGGAUCUCAGAACCUAUAAGCCUUUCACCUCUGUUUCUUAAUGUCUUCAUCUCCAAUCUCCUUUCAUAAGACAAAACAGUUUAGGAGAUAGUGUUUUCUUAGGAAAUUUAUGUAGUGUGUUGGCAUGAAAUAAUAAAAAGGUUGAGGGCAGCCACAGGAGGUCAACAAGUGAACUGAAUCCUAUAUUCCAAACUAUGUGAAGGGCAAUGGCCUCCAUUAUUGUUUUUCCUUCUCGUAUCCCCACUCCGGCGCUCCCCAUCGCUCUCAAACCUGGAUGCCACCAAUACUAGGCAAAGGGCAGGGGUCAAUAAUAUUUGGUUGAUCGUUACCUUAUAUAUUUUCUGAUAAUUUUCAUUUUUGGGGAAUACUUUUUUGUGAUGGCUAUUCCGGUGAUUUGCGUUCGUAUGAUGUUGGGCUUCAAACCUGGCAGCAGAGUAAGCCCACGAUCAAUUUAUGGAGCUAAGCAAAUCCACAGGCCCUUGGGUGUCUCCUAUGAUACCACAAGAGCAGAAAACAAAUUGUAGCUACACCGGCCAAGAAACAACACAAACAUAUUAAGACAAUAGCAUAGAAAACUAAAACGAGUAGCAUUUAACAUAACAAGUAGGCUUCGAAACAAAGACAGAAUCAAAGCUCUCACAAAAUACAUAAGAAACACGUCAUAAAAGACAACAAAUCACUGGCUCACAAAAUGCAAGCCCUCUCUCACACAUACUUAGUACUCAUCUUCACAAUCCUCAUCACCCUCAGCUGACUCAGCACCAACUUCUUCAUAAUCCUUCUCCAGUGCAGCAAGAUCCUCACGAGCCUCAGAGAAUUCUCCUUCUUCCAUACCCUCAC